UAGAUUUUAAACAUUAGAAGCAAUGGAGCUCAACAAGCUGAUUUUCCCAGCACCUAAACCUACCUACACUGUAAAGAAUUUCAAGGAUAUGCUCUUCUAUGUCCCACAAGAAGGCAAUUUUAGGAGCUUUAAGUACGAUAUUAGUGAGAAGAAAUAAAAGAAAAGUUGAAAGAAAAAUCACUAGCAAGGAUUUCCCACAACAAGUAUAUCGGACACCUAAAGGGAAAUUCAAAAACUCUGAGACAAAGCUAAGUGAUUCCCUCUCAGAUGUCACCAAUGCAAGUAAUGGUGUUGAAAUGAGAGAGCUUCCUCGUCAGACCGAGAUCAAUGUGCCUUCCUUUUCUAAAACCAAGAGUCCUUUUAAAAGGAUGGGCAGGACAUAUUCCUCAAACCAAGGCCGCCAAAACUGGAUUACUAACCCAAAACCCAAAGUUGACUAUAACUGUGAAAUAAUUAAAAACUUUCAAGGCAAUUCUUGCUGUGAGAAGCUUGGGAAUGUUAUCCCUUGUCUCUUUGUGCGAUGCAAGAAACAGACGAGCAAGAUUUUGGUAUAUUUCCAUGGGAAUAGUGAAGACCUAGGCCAAGCAUACCAUUUUGUCAAGUACAUUCAAUACUCUAUUGAUAUACAUAUUGUUAUAGUGGAGUAUCCUGGGUAUGGAGUCUAUGAAGGCACUCCUAAUGAGGAUACUGUCCUCAACGACUCCCAUAGAGUCAUCGAGUUCAUACUUGAGGUCUUGAAAUGGAAAACUCAGGAUAUUAUAGUAAUGGGAAGGUCUAUUGGGACUGGCCCUGCUUGUUAUCUUGGCUCAAUUUAUCAAUUAGGAGCUCUAGCUCUUAUAAGUCCAUACACCUCUCUUAGAGGGAUUAUCAAAAAUAUGCCACUUGGGCGUUUAUACCACUUCUUUGUAAAGGAACGGUUUAGAAAUUCAGAGUUGAUUCAUAAGGUAACCUCUCCGACCUUCAUUUUACAUGGAAGGAAGGAUGAUCUGAUACCUUCUCAGCACGGAGAGGAGCUUGCUCUGAGUUGUAAGGCUCCAACCUGCUUAGUCCUUCCAACAGAGAUGACCCACAGCAAGUUUGUUUACAAUGAUGACUUCUUAAUUCCGCUCAAGAACUUCUUGCUAACCCAAAAAGUGUUAUCAAAGAAAUGAUGCUUAAAUAAAAAUAACGAAGCUUCUUAUGAAAUUAAAAAGAAAGAAAAAGAGAAUUUAGACCCAACAGAACUUCUAAAAUCACUGAAAAGGCAAAACUAUAGGUUUGAGUGAGUUAUUUCAGAGGAAAGUAAAGAUUCCUUUGAUUUCGACGAGUCUUUUCACUCAUGUGACCUUAGUUCGAUGAGCUACACCCCUCCUAUGGCUGCCAAGAAAUUCAAAAGAAAGUCAGCGGUUGUUAAAUCCAAUAGUUUUCUUAAUAUAUAGUACUUUCAAAUAAUCAAUUUUUAAAAA